AAUGCGAACUCAUUCCGAGGGCACUCUUUACCCUGCACUUGAAGGAGCACACGGACAUGGCUCAAACGAACAAAAAAGAUGUACGGGGGGACGUGUUCGACGGUUUCCGCACGGCCUUUAAAUCCUUUGCUACUGAGGCCAUACACGUAGGUCAAGAGCCGGAGCAGUGGAACUCCAUGGCUGUGGUUCCGCCGAUUUCUCUGUCCACCACCUUCAAGCAGGACUCUCCCGGAAAGCACGCUGGUUUUGAGUACAGCCGGAGUGGAAACCCUACUAGAAACUGCCUCGAGAAGGCUGUGUCGGCACUGGAUGGAGCAAAGUACUCCUUCGCCCUUGCUUCAGGACUGGCAGCCACAGUCACCAUCACUCACUUGCUGAAAUCCGGUGAUGGGAUCGUCUGUAUGGAUGACGUGUACGGAGGAACAAAUCGAUACUUUCAAAAAAUCGCAUGUGACUUUGGGCUGGAAAUAUCUUUUGCUGACUGCACUAAACCAGAGCUGCUCAAGGCUGCCCUGAAGCCAAACACAAAAAUGGUGUGGAUCGAAACGCCAACCAACCCUACCAUGAAGGUGGUUGACAUCAAGGCCUGCUCCGAGUUGGUGCACCUACACAGCAAAGACAUCGUGGUGGUCGUGGACAACACUUUCAUGUCGGCCUAUUUCCAGCGCCCCUUGGCUUUGGGAGCUGAUAUCUGCAUGUAUUCAGCCACCAAAUAUAUGAAUGGUCACAGCGAUGUGGUGAUGGGCCUGGUCUCGGUGAACAGAGAGGAUCUGAAUGAACGGCUGAAGUUUCUGCAGAACGCACUGGGUGGUGUACCGUCUCCCUUUGACUGCUACCUGGUCAACCGUGGACUGAAGACGCUACACCUGCGGAUGGAGCGGCACUUCAAGAACGCCAUGGCUGCUGCCAAGUUUCUGGAGGCCGAUCCCAGGGUGGAGCGUGUCAUAUUCCCAGGUCUGCCCUCCCACCCACAGUACGAGGUGGUGAGGAAACAAUGCACCGGCUGUCCGGGGAUGAUCACCUUCUACAUUAAGGGGAAACUUGAACAUGCCAAUACUUUCCUCAGCAACCUUAAGAUGUUCUGUGUAGCAGAAAGUCUUGGUGGUUAUGAGAGUUUAGCAGAACAUCCGGCGAUUAUGACCCAUGCGUCGGUGCCAGAAAAGGAGAGGACUGUUCUUGGGAUCAGUGACACACUGAUCCGCCUCUCUGUUGGCCUGGAGGAUGAAUCAGACGUCAUUGAAGACCUGAACCAGGCGCUGAAUGCUGCUCAUCCUCAGAAGAUCUGAUGUGUCUGCAGGGCGGUUUGCAGAUGGAGGUUGUUGUUGUUGUAGUGAUGCGUAAAGGAAGUACCUGAAGCCUUAAACAGCUGACGAUCAGCCCAUCGUACCUCAGUACAGCGAAGGCCUCCUGUAAGGGAACAAUUUGUUCUAUUAAAAAUACAAAUCAGGCUAUCUGUGAAUAAUUGACACAAUUUUUACAUGAGAAUCUUGUAUUGCUUUUUACUAGAGCAACACUUUGAAUUUAAUUUAUCUUAUGCUGAUUUGCUUCUUUGUUCACAUGUUUGUUUUUUGUUUUAUGUAUUCUUUGAAGCUUGAUCGGGGAAAUGUUUCACUCAAGAGUAAACAAGUUUACAGAGAAAACAAAAUGUUGAAAAAAACAGCAAUAUUUUGUUGGUACAAGUAUAAUCUGUAAUGGAAAUAUUUCAUUAUAUCCAAUUGUAAAACUAGCUUAGUGAUUAUGUAGAACACAUCUUGAGCACAUGCUGCCACCUAGUGGCCAAACGUUGAACGUUUCAGGAUUGUACAUCCUAAGAUUUAAAUAAAUGACAACCAACUUUAAAAAAGAAAACAGAGUAUAAGCUUUGUUUGGCUUGAAUCUUGGGCUUCUCCAUGUGUGAGAACUGUAUUUGUAAAAAUGUAUGAGACUGAAUUACCAAAAAAAAAUGUGGGAGGAUUUGGUAUGCACGUGCCUUAUUUGGAGCAGUACUGUUCAGCUAUAAGGGACUUCUCUUAAAGUAAUAAGUGCAGGUUGUUGCAGCUGAAUUCCUCUGAGGAAUGUUUGAAGAGCUACAGAUGUGUGUUCCUUUUUUUUUUUUUAAGUCAGCAUUUUAUCCAAUGAGAAAUGCACCGCCUUUUCUCUUAUUUCCCAGAUCAUAACUCUUUAUUUUUAUUUUGGGUUUUAUGCAUUUGUUAAUGUUACUGGUUAAUCCAUUAAAAUCUGUUUGCAGAACAA